AUGGCUUAUGACACCAUCCGCCCAGAUUUUUGUCAUCUUACCACUCCUUUAUGCUCUAACCUGUCUCCAUUCUCUAUCACCCCGACUUCCCGCAUCCCAACUCCUCGUCUGGACAUGGCGUCAAAGACCUGCCUGAAUUUCCGGCGCUCGCCGAUGACGAGUUGUCCAUUCACAUGGGCAACACGGCUCGCCUCGUCUGUCACCUGCCCCGGGCUCAGCCGAGCAUGGCGACUGUCAACUUCCUGCUCGAAGGUCGCCCUCUUGACAUGA